UUGGGAUGCUCCAAUCGGAUGCAUCCGUACAACUUGACGCAUUCUACUGCACCGCUUCCAGGACACGUAAGCGCUUGCUCCCCAUGUUCUUCUGUAGCGGGCCCCCGCGUACGUACGCGGCGUUGGCGGCGCCCGAGCGGAUGGAGGAUGUGGUGCUGGCCAUGCACCCAUCGCAGUGCGUGUUCGCACGCGUGACGAGCUCUCAUGUGGCGCUGUGGAGCGCCUCAUUGGGUCUACCAGGCACAGGACGCCGUCUGCUAGCGCGUUGUCGCCGUGGUGGCCAGUGGGUGGACCAGCAGCUGGAGGACGAAGCACAGACGAAUGAGGACGAAAAUGGACGCUUGAGGGAGAGUGAAAGUCGCCAGCUUUGGUCUGCGUGGGUCUGUGGGGACCGCCUUGCCGUCGUGGAAAAGGAUUCGCAAUCCGUCGAGUUCUACGCCUUCGAUGGGCUAACUAAGCUGCUGCAGCGCGCUGAGACACCCAACUCGCACUUGGCGGAGGACCCUACGGUAGAUUCCAACGCCAUGCUGGACCAACCGUCGUUCACGGAGCCCGAGCAAGAGGAGGGAGAUGGGCCAACGGCAACUUCAAAGGGACUUCAACUUGUCGCCAAGUUUGUUGAAGACUACCCGCUCAACCAAGGCGCGUCGCAGAGUGAUUACGAAGACGUUGCCGCCUCCAUGAGCGUCGUGCCUGGCAGCAAGUACGUGUUCGUGGGCAUGGCCAGUGGCCUCAUCUGCGUCGUGGAGGUUGCUGACUCGCGCGACGCCAGUGACAGCCAAAGCUCGUGGUUCAGCAACGCGGAUAGCUCUACAAAGCUGUGGAAAAUUGAUGUCCGCACUCACUUGGCAGUACCCGACGACGCCGAUCCAGUCAGUUGCUUCGAUCUCACAUGCGCAACUGCGGAUCCCGUUUCCAAGAUUACGUCAUUGUAUCUUGUAGCAAGUUUCGAAGGCGGAAAGUGUUUCAUCAUGUUGCUGUCACCCUCUAAAAAGAGUAUCGACCAGCUGCUAUCCCUAAUUAACACCGAACGAGAAGGUAGUGCGGCCACUUCAUCCGGACGUUGCACGACGACGAGUUUGGACGCUAGUGGGUCGCGACUCGCUCUUGGCUGGUCGGACGGCGGAGUGUCGCUGUUUCGAUUAUCACUAAACAACGUGGAACAAAGUAGGACGACCAAAAAUGGGGUCCAAAAGGAAGCGAAGACCCAAACGGCUCUAACACUUGACCCAAUUCGAGAAUUGAGUCUUGCAGCGUGGGGAUACACUCCCCAAGACGUCGGAUCUGUUACAGCCUUAGCGUGGUCGCACGACGGCCGCAGUGUGGCUGUGGGCUACGAAUUACGUGGCUUUUCCCUAUUUUCGACCGAUGGUUGUCGCUUAAUGUCGAGUUUACCGCAGCACAACCAGGAGAGACCGGAGAAGGUGGACGAGUACAAUAUGAGGGAAGUCUGUGCCUUCGGAGUCGUCGCUUUGCUGUGGACAAAAGUGAGCAACUCGUUGAUGAUCGUGCCUCGCGGAGAGCAGUCGACGCAGUUAAUUCAAUUGCCAGAAGACGAAAUUUUGAGAGAAAUCGAGAGCGAAGCCGACGUGGAAGUGACAGAAGUGAAAGAUUUAUAUGAAACUGUGGAGGCCAAAGUGCAGAAAGCACAGGACGGACUGUGUUUGUCGCUCUCGGGGGCCCCUGGACGUUGUGGGGCAUGGGUUCGAAGCGACAAAAGCUUCACGAAACGAGCGGAUGGCGGUAUUGGACCAGCCGAGGCGUGUGGUUUGAUCCACGGUGGUGACUUAUUGGUGGGUAUUAAUGACAAUUUGAAGGUCGUUAACUCACCUUUUGAGCAGAUUGUGACGGAGAUCAAGGAAUUACCAGACAACGAGGAGGUUUCACUCACUUUUAUGCGCUUAAACUGGGAAAAGGUGUUCCCUUUGGCAGUCGAGGCCUUGUCUUCAUCGGAAUUUAUGGAUGCGCAUGGGAUUCACCUGAUUGAAGACGAAAAUCUGUGUGUUCGAGAGUACGCACUGCGUAUGCAGGCUUUACAUGGAGACUGCGACUUAGAGGAGCGUCCUCCGCUUAUGGAGUUCGAACGACGUGCGAAAUUCGACGGCUGGGAGGCGAUUCAAGGCACGUCGUCUCGUGUUGCAAGGCACAAGUACGUGAAGCUUCUGUUCGCGUUGUUCCCGGUGUGGAAUCCGAACCACUUUUUGAACGUCGUCACCGACUACUGGAACGCUGUUCUAGCUCAGAAAGUUUACAUGACCAAGCAGAAAAAACUCAAGGAGUUGCAUGCGCACCGUCAACUGGUUAAACUGCGUCCAGCGCCGUCGAUUGCGUUCGCAGAGUUCGAUUUCGCUAGAAAUGUGCCACUUUCCGGUGGCAAAACCUCUCGAUUGGCAUUACUGGAGAGCAAGAGUGUACGCUUAGUGGCUGCUCCGUCGCUGGAUGACCCCUGCGCUGUUACGUCCUGUGUGAACUGGAGUGUACCGACCGAGUUUGAGAGGUGUUGUCCUCUGCGUCUUGUAGCGCUGAGUGCUAGUGGGAACCACAUGGCCGUGGCAGGACAACGAGGCUUUUGUCUGCUUAACGUUGUGACGGGCAAGUGGCGUAUGUUUGGCAAUGUGAACGACGAGCAGGACAUGUUCGUGUACUCGUUAUUAUGGGUGGGAGAAGACGCGAUUGCGGUGAAUUUCACGCGGUUUAGCGAGAAACACCAGUCUUUACACUUGCAGGCAUACCCGAGGAACCAUUUGGACGAGGAGUCCAUCUUAGAGCAGCUAGUGUUCGCUCGAGAGGGGGAGAACGCUGCUCGCAGUCGGGAUUCAACGUUAGGAGGACGUGACGACGCUGACGACUGUUUCUUUAUUAUGGAGAGUGAUAGUGCGCAGAAGAACUUGUUUUGCGUCUCGAGAAGCGAGUUGUGGUGUUUUGAAUUGACGCACGGGGGCACUAUUAAGAGCAACGACCUGAACUUGCAUAUUCAGCUUAAGAGACAGGUUAACUUGCCGUCCAGAGUAGUCGAGGCUCAACCUGUGGGAACGUGCAGAAGGAACGCGAUCCUGGAUUUCGCUGUGUUGCCGCGAUUUUUACACAUUCAAGACGAGAAAUUACGCGAACAACAGCAGAGAAAAUACCAAUUGGAGCGCGAGCAGGAGCAGGAGGAAGCCGGAUGGCUCUCGAGCUUUGUGAAUAUGCUCGCUGGGGGAGAAGUGCCGGACCAAUACACGCCCGAAGAAGUGCUGCCGAGGUUCGCGUUCCUCGACAGCAUGGGUGACGUGAUCGUGUGGGACCCAGAGAACCGGUCGCAGCGACUUUUGUGCUCGAAUGUGAGCACCAUGGCGAGGUUGUUCGUCACUCCUCAGGCCUGUGCGUCCUGGCCAGCGCCGUGUCGACUGAUCUAUGGUCUGUACGGCCCGGAAGGCAUGAAAGUGUGGCUUCCUCUGCUGGAUGGCGUGUACAUGACGCACACGAAGGCGUUCGAACAGGACGGUCGACGACUGGAGACUUUUUUGGCUUGUCAUGACCCUCUGAGAGCCAAGACGUACGAGAUUGAGUUCGGUACGGCGCCUGCUACUGCCGAGUUGUAUGAACAAGUGCUCAGCGAGUAUGGGAUCAGAUUGGACGGGUUUCUAUCGAGUGGUGUCGGAGUGGGCGUGGGCACGGGUAGAAUGCCGUUGGCAGAGGGAUAUUCCAAUCUCCGCGGCUGCGUGACGUCGGCGGACGAUCCUUCGGCUAAGGACCGCAUGUUACGCUUCGACUACGACGUCAACGUUGUGGGCGUUGAGCAGGCUUUCGGUCUGCUGGUUGGCGUCUCCCAGGACGUGUAUGUGCCUUCAGGGGUUUAUAUCCCGUGUUACGAUAUAUUUGCACGGGUGCAGCCGAUUUUCCACACGUUAUUGUGCUUUUUGGUGCAGAACGACCAGUUGUCAUGGGCGCGUCUGGUGCUGAACGGAGUGAGGAAACAAUUCGCCUUGUCUACCCCCACUCUGGAGCUUUUCCUGCACGCGAUGCUCGAAGCUUGUUAUGGGAAAUCAUGUCCGAAAGAAAAACUACACACAGCUAUCGAGCUUUUACGAGGUGGUAGUGGGGAAUUCGAGACGGAUAUUGCGGAAUACUGCGAGAUUGUGGCCCACGUGGCUCGGAAGAGCGAACCUUCUCGACUUAAAGUUUUGUUCCCUGCGGCGGGAGAUCCGAUGGAUUUGCUGGCGGUUUGUCAACAACGCUCCGAGCUUCGUACGGCUGCCAACUUUUUGCUUAUUCUUGAGGAAUGUUCCAGUGCUUCGGGUUGUUCCUUGCCCUUGCGGAUGGAGAGCGCUGCUGAGUUGUUGACGCAGUGUAUCGAUCAGGAGGAGUGGGGACUUGCGCAGCAUGUGGUGCGUGUAGCGAGGGACUGGGAGCACCACUCGGAGCCCAGUGCCGCCAGUAUCGACGAACAACUGGCGUCUCUAGUGUGGGAAAACCUGGUUCGAGGGGAGUACGAGCGUGUGGUUUGGUGCGUGGAGGAUCUACAGGCCAAGCUCCCGCUUAAGUCGGUGGAAGAGAGGGAGACGGAGGACAGUGCGACGAUCCUAGACCGUCUGUAUCAGACGUUUAUCCAGGGCAACAAGCGGAGACAACUGAGGAUCUUGCUGCAAGCUGUGACGGAGGCGCAUUAUGAUGAGUGGGUUGCGCGUAUCAAGCACGUAAUGGAGCAAUGAGACUGAGAUGAGACCAAUUGUACGUGCGUGUACGCAUUGACGUGACUAGAAUGAAACAAUGGAUUUUUUUUCAGAGCAAAACCUUGUAAAAUGUGUGAUUUAUUUAUGAUGCAGGGACACGAUACAACACACGACACCAAAUCCGCCACGUUUGGUGGCAAAUCUACCCACGAUCCAGCUGGCGUUUACUGUGUAUUUUGAAGUACAUACUAGUAGCACUCUCCUUAGCAGCAACACAUGGGCGUCGCCAGUAGAUGCCUACCAGGAUCAAAAUCUGCGCACCCGGAAAUCGGCCGACGCCGAAGAUAGAGGAAUCGUAUCGUCCGUGAAGUCGUGGUGGAAAACAACGUCUUGGGUCCUGGAGGGACAAUCAGACGAGUACGUUAAAAACGUGCUGGAUCUAACGGGGUUGGCUGAGAGUGCGAUGAAGGCCAGCCCAGGUUACAGGAAAUACCAGAAAUACCUGUACAAUGCUGAAGAAGAGAAAUUGGACGAGUUAAUUAAGCAGAAAAUGGUUCCCCCGACAUACUGGAAAGACCUCGGAUUGGAUAGAAUGAGUCAGAGUCAACGUGAAGGAAGCAAGGAACGAACAUUUCGUGUAAAAAUACGAUGACCUGGUUUUCCGAAAAGGCUACAAGGAAUAUCUCCCUACAACCAAACCGGAAAUGGAUGUCUUCGUGAAGGUGUGGGCCAAAACUAAGAGGCCUGAGGCCUACGUUCUGAAAUACCCCAAUUUGGAUCGCGGCAAUAACAAACAAAUCUUCCAUCAUCAUUGGGUAACCGUUUGGAAGACUGAAAAGCAGCUACAGAAGCUUGACAAAUUCCAGUAUUUGAAAAAGUUCAGGGAACUAAAACUAAAACGCGAAUGGGGCUUUUUGUAGACCAUUCCCUAAGCUAUUAGUGUUUUUGCGGGGGUUCGUUUGCAGCUGAAAUAAAAUGACCUUGAUUAUAUCG